GCCACUGGGUGCUGCAGAGGGGACGCUGCCUCCCUGGAGGACGCACUCCCGGCGGAAGAGCGGCCGUCAGGUGGGAAUGAGAUCCAGAAACCAAGGUAGUGAGAGUUCAUCCAACGGGCAUAUCUCCUGCCCCAAGUCCUCAGUCAGCAGCAAUGCUGAUGAUAAAAGUCUUUCAGAAAAUGCUAAAAAGAAGAAUAAAUCAAACAGAAAGGAGGAGGAUGUCCUGGCCUCAGGAACUGUCAAACGACACCUGAAACCAUCUGGAGAAAGUGAACGCAAGAAUAAGAAGUCUCUGGAAUUAUCUAAAGAAGACCUCAUCCAGCUCCUCAGUAUAAUGGAGGGGGAAUUGCAGGCCAGAGAAGAUGUGAUCCACAUGCUGAAGACGGAGAAAACCAAGCCAGAGGUUCUGGAGGCUCAUUACGGGUCUGCGGAGCCGGAGAAAGUGCUUCGGGUGCUGCACAGGGACGCCAUUCUUGCCCAGGAGAAGUCCAUCGGAGAAGAUGUCUAUGAGAAACCCAUCUCCGAGCUGGACAGACUGGAGGAAAAACAGAAAGAAACCUACCGGCGCAUGUUAGAGCAGCUGCUGCUGGCUGAGAAGUGUCACAGGCGCACUGUGUAUGAGUUAGAGAACGAGAAGCACAAGCACACAGACUACAUGAACAAGAGCGACGACUUCACCAACCUGCUGGAGCAGGAGCGGGAGAGGUUGAAAAAGCUACUUGAACAAGAAAAGGCUUACCAAGCGCGAAAAGAAAAAGAAAAUGCCAAGCGGCUCAAUAAACUAAGAGAUGAGCUUGUCAAACUCAAGUCCUUCGCACUCAUGCUGGUGGAUGAAAGGCAAAUGCACAUUGAGCAGCUUGGUCUGCAGAGCCAGAAGGUGCAGGACCUCACUCAGAAACUGCGGGAGGAAGAAGAGAAGCUGAAAGCCAGUACCUCCAAAUCCAAAGAAGACAGGCAGAAAUUGCUCAAGUUAGAAGUGGAUUUUGAACACAAGGCUUCAAGGUUCUCUCAAGAGCAUGAAGAGAUGAAUGCUAAAUUGGCUCAUCAAGAGGCUCACAAUAGGCAACUUAGACUCAAGCUGGUUGGCUUGACUCAAAGAAUUGAGGAGCUAGAAGAAACCAACAAAAACCUCCAAAAGGCAGAGGAAGAACUUCAAGAACUCAGAGACAAAAUUGCCAAAGGAGAAUGUGGAAACUCGAGCCUCAUGGCAGAAGUGGAAAAUCUUCGAAAGCGAGUCCUGGAAAUGGAAGGUAAAGAUGAAGAAAUCACCAAAACGGAAUCCCAAUGUAGGGAACUGAGGAAGAAGCUGCAAGAAGAAGAGCACCACAGCAAGGAGCUCAGACUUGAAGUUGAGAAGUUACAGAAAAGAAUGGCAGAACUGGAGAAGUUGGAAGAGGCAUUUAGCAAGAGUAAAUCUGAAUGUACCCAGCUGCAUUUGAAUCUGGAGAAGGAGAAGAACUUAACCAAAGACUUGCUAAAUGAAUUGGAGGUGGUCAAGAGUCGAGUUAAAGAGCUUGAAUGUUCUGAAAGUAGAUUAGAAAAAGCUGAGUUAAGCCUAAAAGAUGAUCUUACAAAGCUGAAGUCCUUUACUGUGAUGCUGGUUGACGAAAGAAAGAAUAUGAUGGAAAAACUAAAGCAAGAAGAAAGGAGAGUAGACGGUCUCAAUAAAAACAUGAAGGUGGAGCAAGGCAAGGUUAUGAAUGUUACAGAAAAGCUCAUUGAAGAAAGCAAGAAGCUUCUAAAACUGAAAUCGGAAAUGGAGGAAAAGGUGUACGCCUUGACAAAAGAGAGAGAUGAGUUAAUAGGCAAGUUGAAAAGUGAAGAGGAAAAGUCUUCUGAAUUAAGCUGCAGUGUUGACUUAUUAAAGAAGAGACUUGAUGGUAUAGAGGAAGUGGAAAGAGAAAUAACAAGGGGAAGAUCUCGAAAAGGGUCUGAGCUCACCUGCCCAGAAGAUAACAAGAUUAAAGAACUAACCCUGGAAAUUGAGAGAUUGAAGAAGCGGCUCCAACAAUUGGAGGUGGUUGAAGGGGAUUUGAUGAAGACAGAGGAUGAAUAUGAUCAACUGGAGCAGAAAUUUAGAACUGAGCAGGAUAAAGCUAACUUUCUCUCUCAACAACUAGAGGAGAUAAAGCACCAAAUUGCCAAGAAUAAAGCAAUAGAGAAAGGCGAGGCUGUCAGCCAGGAGGCUGAGCUGAGACACAGAUUUCGGCUGGAAGAAGCUAAAAGUAGAGACUUAAAAGCCGAAGUUCAAGCUCUUAAAGAGAAGAUUCAUGAGCUAAUGAACAAAGAAGACCAGCUUUCUCAGCUCCAGGUAGAUUACUCUGUCCUUCAGCAAAGAUUCAUGGAAGAAGAAAAUAAGAACAAAAACAUGGGGCAAGAGGUUCUCAGUUUGACCAAAGAGUUGGAGCUUUCUAAACGCUAUAGCCGAGCGCUCAGGCCCAGCGUGAACGGGAGGAGAAUGGUAGAUGUUCCGGUAACGUCUACAGGUGUCCAGACUGAUGCUGUUAGCAAUGAUGCAGCAGAGGAGGAAACUCCUGCUGUGUUUAUAAGGAAAUCUUUUCAAGAGGAAAAUCACAUCAUGAGCAAUCUUCGACAGGUGGGAUUGAAAAAACCGGUGGAGCGAUCCUCUGUUCUAGAUAGGUAUCCACCAGCAGCAAAUGAGCUCACGAUGCGAAAAUCUUGGAUUCCAUGGAUGAGAAAACGAGAAAAUGGGCCCUCAAUCACUCAAGAGAAAGGGCCUCGAGCCAAUUCCAUCCCUGGGCACCCGGGAGAGCUAGUCCUUUCACCAAAGCAGGGUCAGCCCCUGCAUAUUCGGGUGACGCCCGACCAUGAGAACAGCACUGCCACUUUGGAAAUAACGAGUCCAACGUCUGAGGAGUUUUUCUCUAGCACCACUGUCAUUCCUACGUUAGGGAAUCAAAAACCACGAAUAACCAUUAUUCCAUCACCAAACGUAAUGUCUCAAAAAUCAAAAGGAGGAGAUACUGCUCUUGGCACUGAACGAGCCAUGUCCCCAGUCACAAUUACAACGUUUUCCAGGGAAAAACCCCUAGCCCCAGAAGGAGGAAGAGGUACCUUUGUGGACAGGCCUACAUCCCCCAUUCAGAUAAUGACAGUAUCGACAUCGGCAGCACCAACUGAGAUCGGAGUCUCUCCUGAAUCCCAGGAAAUGCCUUUGGGGAGGACUGUCCUCAAAGUCACUCCAGAAAAACAAACUGUACCAACGCCAGUAAGAAAAUACAACUCCAAUGCUAAUAUCAUAACCACGGAAGACAACAAAAUUCACAUUCACUUAGGGUCUCAGUUUAAACGAUCCCCUGGGCCUUCAGCCGAAGGAACAAGUCCAGUUAUUACUGUCCGACCAGUCAACAUGACCGCUGAAAAGGAAGUUUCCACUGGCACAGUCCUUCGCUCUCCCAGAAACCAUCUUUCCUCAAGACCUGGUGCAAGCAAAGUCACAAGCACCAUCACCAUUACACCAGUCACAACUUCAUCCACAAGAGGAACCCAGUCAGUGUCAGGACAAGAUGGGUCAUCCCAGCGGCCUACACCCACCCGCAUUCCCAUGUCAAAAGGCAGAAAGGCCGAGGGAAGAAAUGGGAAUAGCUCCACCUAGUGGUCAGCAAGUGCUAGAGACAAUGAAACUCAAAAAGCAUCAUUAUUCACCAGUUACAUAUGAACUCGCGAUGAAAUGGUAAUCCAAGUACAUCCUGGGUGUGUGUGCUCCCUCUGGAUCCCUAUUGAACGGAUAGUAUUGCUCCAGGCCUCCAUCAGCAUUAAGGCCUCCAUGCUACUGAUCACUACUGGAAAGAAUUCACUCCUUCCAGUGAAAUUUAUUGAGAAGGAUAUCACGUAAAAGCUUACAAUGGCUUUGUGGAUAAUAUGAAAGUAGGUGGCGAGAGUAAUUCCAUCUCUGUGCCAAAAGAAUUUUCUCUUCUUUCUGCAAAGCUUUCAGGUCCCUGGGCACAUGCUAUGUCAGCUACUUUGAUAAACAUUUUGUAAUGUGAGUUUCCUCCUAAAAUGUUUCAUUUUUAGGUCUACGGCACCUAUAUGUGUAAAAUACAUUGUUAAUUUUUCAAAAUGUUAAUUUUUUUUGCACUCAAAAGAAAUUAACUUGUUAUUUCUGAAGUACAAUAUUCUAUAGCAUUAGGGUACAUUCAAAGGGCAAAAUUUAGUAACAGGAACAUGUGGACAAUAUUUACUGUUUCUUAUAUGAUGCUAUUCUUCUGAUCAUGGUUCAAAAGAGACACAUAGUGGUCUAUUUAAGAGUUUAAUUUUAAAUCCUUGAUAAUCAAAUUAUAAAGCUGUUUAUUUUUUUCACCAAAAUCCUGAAUUGAUUUUCACAUGGAAUAAAUGUAUAAAGCAGAUGUGUUUAUCCCAUAAUAGUUGAAGACAGUUUCAGACUGAGAAUUCUGAAAUUAUAUUUCUAUAUGAUUUACUUCUAAGUACAGGUGGUAAAGGUGUAACAUCAAGAUUUUCUCACAACUCACCCAUAUGAUUUUAAAAGCUGAUCUAGAGAAUGUCAGCAUUAAAAACAAAGUGAUAUUCUAAGAUUCUAUUUUUCCCUUCUUAGUAUUGAUGUUUUUAAAAUACCCAUGAUUUUGGCAGAUUUUCAUAACUACAUAAAUGUUGGAGAAUAUAUUCUUUAAAGCUUAAACAACCACCACCAUCAAGAUGCAUCUACUCAAAUAUCAACACAAGAGUUGCUUCAAACUUAGGUUUAUGUGAAAAUGUGCAUCUGGUCUACUUGAAACCCUUUAAAGGGGCAUGCUUCCAAUAGCUCUUUAAAGAUCCCACCAAGGCAAAUUAAGAGUUACCAUCAGUUUUUGGAUGCAGAAAGCAUAUAACUUUGCUGAGAUUUAAUAAAGAAGGUUUUUGGGAAUCACAAGGGUAAAGGCCACACAAGAAAUACUUGUGUUGGUCUAUUUCUCCAGUUUAUAGGUUAUCCCUGUGCCCAUGGAGGCACAUUCACACUGAAUCUCUAAUUGAACUGGAUAGCCUUCCUGUGUAUCCUGAAAAGGUUUUUAAGUGUACUUUGUGGAAUUGGGGAAUAAUAUUUAGUAAUUAUUAUAAAUUAAACGAUGAUAUUUAAUGUUAGAUUUUGGAUUUUUAUAAGUAAAAGAAAUGCUAGAAUAGGCUUGUCCUAGCAUCAGUGAUUAUGAAAACAUCCCAUAACUUGCAAGGCUUUUGGUUAUUAAGAAUUCACUAGAGAGUGUCUGUACGACCUUUUUAUUAUUGUUACUGUGUUUUGUUUUCGAAAAAUGUUGACUGAACUCCAAUGGCAUCUGCUAUUGGAAAAGGUUUUAUUGACUAGUUCAGUUCCUCAUGUGCCAAGAUGCAUACCUCGGGUAGGACAAUAUCCUGAAAGACUACAGAUGGCUUUUUAGGCAGACAACUCUUUCUCAACUGGUGGGACAUUUAUUACGAGGUAAGAGUACAAGAUUUCAAAUACUUCUUGACUUGGACAUUGCAGCUCAUUUAUAUAUUUGAAUGUGAAGUUGUUUCCCCAAAUCUUAAUGAAAUUUGAUACUUGUGAUGGGGAGAUGCUGAGAAGGAAGUUGCAAUCAGAGUCGUUUUGACACACAGUGAGCAUUUGUUGUUGUGUAAGCUACAAUUAAGACCUCUGUCAAAAUCCAAGGGGAAUCUGAGUGAUUGAUGACUGGUGAAUUUUAAAACAAAAUAAUAGAAUAUGCACAACUAGUAGAAGUCAGAAAAACUGAGUAGCUAUCUUCAAUGAAUGAGCAAAGAAGUGAAUUAACAGUCAUAUCCCAACAUCCACAAUGAAGUUGAAGAAACUGCCUUACAUGCAAUCUUAAUUCCAUCCUUGGCUCAUGUAAUUUAUACAUCUUGCAUUGAAAUAUAUUUUCAAAUCAU